UCAAGCACGCUGCACCUCCCCCUCCCCGUUCCUCCUUUAAUAAACAUGGCUGAACUGAACACGGAGGGUGGAUUACAGGACUGAACCCGUCUGCUGCAGCACUGUUGAUUCACACAAGAAGACUGAGCAUGAUGUGAAUGUUUACAGCGGGGAGCCAAAGCAGCAAAAGGUUGAGUUUGACAGCCGCUAACGAAGAGACUUGAGCGGGACAGACCAGCUCCAGCUGAGAUACUACUGCAUGCAAAGCGUAGACUAAAUACUGCUUUUGCAUUUAUAGAAACUAUGCUUGUCUACUGAAGAAACCCUGGAUUUAAUGCUCUGAAGUAGCCCAAACCAGUUUGGCUUACAUUUGAAAGAGUUUUAAGCUGCUCUUAUAUGGAUUUACAGUUCGCAUUUUUGUUAUAUUGUCCCGUUUAAAUGAUGUUCUCCGGUAAACAAACGAAGCCGACUUUUAAGUCUUAUCUUCCUCCACUUCAGACUGACUCGAAGAAAAGUCCUCAACUGCCCAUCAAGAAACUAGAAGCAAAACUUCUACCAGGUGAAAUAGUUGUGAACGAGGCUAACUUUGUAAGGAAGUGCAUCAGUGCAGAAAGCUGUCAGGAUGACCUCUGGGGGAAACUUGUGUGUACUAACUUCAAAGUUUCCUUCAUUACCCAUAAUUCCUUGCCACGACAGAGAUUCCAGUGCACCCACCGCCUCUUGGGCGAGCACGAUAUCCCGCUGGCUUGCGUGGAGCAGGUAGUAACAGUGAAUGAUGUUAAGGGGAAGCAGAAGAUUUUAGGUUCCAAUCAGAAGCUGAAAUUUAACCCUACUGAGCUUAUCCUCUACUGCAAAGACUUCCGCAUCAUCCGAUUCCGCUUUGAUGAAGCCGGACCCGAGAGUGCUAAAAAGGUUUGUCUGGCCAUCGCUCAUUACUCCCAUCCUGCUGACCCACAGCUACUCUUUGGCUUUGAAUACGUCGGAAAGCGAUACCAUGGAUCAACGGGUGAGCGGGUGAGCGGCAUUGACCCUGGUGGGGGGAUGCAGACCACCCUGUUCGACUGUUCCUCAGACUGGGACAGAGAGAUCAAGCGUAUUGGCGCCUCUGAAUGGAGAGUGUGUACCAUAAAUCAAGGCUAUUUCAUCUCGCCCAGUCUCCCAGAAUUCUUUGUGGUUCCGGUAUCUCUAGCGGAUCAGGAUCUGAAGCAAUACGCCUGCUUCUUUUACUCCCAGCGUAUCCCGUUAUGGUGCUGGAAUCACUCCAGUGGGAGUGCUCUGGUCCGCAUGUCUAACAUCAGUGACCCGCAGCAGCAGAGGAAGGUGGAGCAGCGGAUUUCCAGUGCCAUCACUAAGAGCCACCCCCUCCGCAGUGAUGUUUUCAAGUCGGAUUUGGACAAAAACCUCCCAAACAUCCAGGAUAUUCAGGCUGCUUUGCUGAAACUGAGGCAGAUUUGUGUUAUAGAUCCCUUUGAGGAGUCUGAAGAGAAGUGGCUGUCAUCCUUAGAGAGCUCAAGAUGGAUGGAGUAUGUCAGAACAUUUCUACGGCAUGCAGUAGAGGUAGUCUAUAUGCUGGAGAGCAGAAAUGUGCCUGUCAUACUUCUAGAGAAAGAGGAUCGGGACCUGAGUUGUGUGAUUUCCUGUCUGGUGCAGCUGAUGUGCGAUCCUCACUGCAGGAGUCUGCAUGGCUUCCAGAGUCUGAUUCAGAAGGAAUGGGUAAUGGCUGGGCAUCGGUUCCUGGACCGCUGCAACCAUCUGAAGAAGAAUGACAAAGAGGAGUCUCCUGUGUUCCUGCUGUUCCUGGACUGUGUGUGGCAGCUGUGGAAUCAGUACCCAGCAGCCUUUGAGUUCACUGAGGUGUACCUGACAGUGCUGGGGGACAGUAUGUGGGUUCCCAUCUUCAGCACCUUCCUCUUCAAUUGCCCCCGACAAAGAGCAGAGAACAGCAGGGUUAGAUGCUUUUUGAAGAAUUUUAAUUUAAGUUGGUUUAAUGAGUUAUACAUACACCUUUAUGUUAUUGUAAUAUAUCAAAUCACUCAUUUUUAUGUUUUUUUUUUUUUUUUUACCUCUUUGCUCUACUUCCUGCGCUGGGUUCCCGAGGCUCAGAUUCCUCAGGGCGGCCCCAUCACUGCCUUCCACAAGCUCUCGGUGCUCACAGAUGAGAUUGACAUGCUCCUGAACCAGUUGAGGCAGUACAAAGGAGCAGGCGGUACUCCUAACAGCCUGCACGCAGAGCACAGCAAAAUGUACUUUAAGGCGACUUCGACCCCUCACCAGCCCCCUGCUCCUCCAGAGUACCUCAGCUCCUCGUUUCCUUUCUCUCCUGUGGGUAACCUGUGUCGCCCCGGCAUCCUAGGGUCUCCUCUUAGCAAGUUCCUCAACGGAGCCAAGAUCUGGCUCUCUACGGAGACGCUGGCUAAUGAGACGAUUUGAGGGCAGACUGCUGGGAUAGGACUGUGAGGUCAGACAAACAUAGACAAACAUCUAAGGGCUGAAGAUCUUCUCAUUUUGAAUGUGCAGGCUUGUGGUACUGACAGUUACCUGGACAUUUUUAUUCAGUCUGUUGAGAGUUGUCAGGCAGUGAUUUUUUAUUUUUUUUGCACCAGAUUAAAUAUAAAGCUCCAAUCGCACAUCGUUCUGAUUUAGGAUUGUUUGGAUCUGUUGUACACUGCCUGUAUAUACUUUUCUCCUUGUGUUAAAAUACUUGGUGUAUUUCUCAAUUUGAGGCUUGUGGCAUUAGUUGGAAAGGAAGUAGAACUGGUAAUACUUCAGAUUAAGCUUCAAUUUGUUAUCAUUAUUUAAUGCAUUAGGUAUCAUGAACUAACAAUAAACAAUUUUUUUUACAGCUUAUAUUAAAGGUGCAUAUGAAUACACAUACUACUGUUUGAGGUUUGGGGUCAGUUAUUUAAUCAAAAAUUAGGUAAAA